UAAUAAUAUGUAAGUUGGAGCGUAUCUUUCCACCUGCAUUUUUUGACUCUAUGGAGCAUUUACCGAUUCAUUUGCCUUUUGAAGCUAAGUUGGGCGGGCUAGUUCAAUAUCGUUGGAUGUAUCCAUUUGAAAGGUUUAUAAAUAAAAUUAAAAAAACCAUAAAAAACAAAAAAAUGUGGAAGGAUGUAUUUGUGAAGCAUAUUUGGUGCAAGAGACAACCUAUUUCAGUUCCCAUUAUUUUGUGCCUCUUGCUCAAUAUGCAAGUACAGUUGGCCUAAAUAAGAGGACUCAUCAAGACCAUGUGAUACAAACUUUGUCUAUCUUUGAAAAUUUACAUGGCGAAACAAGUGGAAAAUGCAGUGAUAGGUGGCUUAACGAUAAAGAAUUGGCGGCUGCCCAAUUGCAUGUUCUCUUAAAUUGCAUUGAGGUUAAGCAAUUCAUUGAGUAAGUAUUAAUAUAUUAAAUAUAUCUCCAUUAUUCAACGAACAACAACAUCUAAUUUUUUUAAAAUAUCAUGUAUAGGAUGUAUGUACAAAGUUUGAAAAGUAUAUAUGGAGAUCUCAAUGACAAUGUCAUUGAUACACAAAUAGAAGUUGACUUUCCGCGAUGGUUUCAAGAAUAUGUGACAAAGAAUCACAAACUUAGGAUGCAAAACCCUGACUUGUAUGACUUGGCAAGAGGACCCUUGAGACUAGCAAAGUCAUGGCCUAUUUAUCAUGUGAAUGGAUACCAAUUCAACACAACUUCUUGGGGUGAAGGCAAAAUAACAUAUAAUAGUGGAGUAUGUGUUAAGGGAAUUGGUCAAGGUGAAACCUCAAGUGAUUAUUAUGGUGUUGUUUCCGAGAUUCUAGAAUUUGAAUGGCGAAGUCAAGCAACACGAAAGCUAAUUUUAUUUUACUGUGAUUGGUUCGACCCUUCAAGUCGUGGAAUGAGGAUACAUAAUCAAUACAAGAUUGUAGAAGUACGAAAAGGGAGAAAAUACGGUAAAUUUGAUCCUUUUAUUUUUCCAAAAUCUGCAACUCAAGUUUACUAUUCACCUUAUCCUGGGCGCCAAAAAGUUGAUUGGUUGGUAGUUAUGAAGACAAAGCCGAGAGGGGUUGUUGAUGAUAGACAUACUUUAGAAGUUGCUUUUCAAGUGCAAGAAUCAGAAGUUAAUGCAACAAUUGAAGAUGACCCAAUUGAUAACUUACAAGAUGAUUCAGUUUAUGGUGAAGAAGUUGAUUUGCAUAUGAUGCAAGAUGAUGAGGAUGAAGAAGAGGAUGAAGAAGAUGAUUUCAGUGACGAUGGUGAAGAUGACGAUCAAGAGGAUGAUGAUUCUAUUGAAUAGUAUUUGUUAGCUCUUUAUUGAUAAUGUGUUUGAUUUAACAUACGUAGUAUUCAAAAAGGAAUUGGUAGAUUUAACAAAAGAUUCUUAACCAAACUGUUGUAAUCAACAAUUGCUUGUCUAUUUUUCUCAAUACUUUGAACUUUAUUCAUUUGUGCUAAUGAUCUUCCAAGUUGGUCACCACUUGGUGUUUGAACUAAAUGCCAGAAAUGACCAUAUUCUAAUGAAAAUGCAGCUAGUGCAACUAUUGCUUUUCCAUCCCAUGUAUAGGAUUUUAGCUGUUCUAGUAUUGACAUUGUUGUAAUGUGUGCAUGGUGCUCGCCUCGAGCCGUG